AUGUUAAUUCAUAUUAUUCUAAUUUUAAUCGGUGUUUCGGGGCUCCAGGCAGCUGAAAAAACAAAAUCGGAAGGCUGUGAGCUUUGCAGCUUCGUCAUUGGCUCUGCUUUGGCCAAAAUUGACCGUACCAAAGAGAGCAGACCGGAAGGUACACGAGCCAUCCUCGAAUUCAUCGCACUUUUCCUGAAUAACUUCAAUUCCGAUAUUUCGCAUAAGGAUCUUGGUAAAGGGACGGCACAGUGGAUUGUGUUUUGGGAUCGGCUUCAGACCACUUGGGAGGAGCGUAUCGAUAAAUUUACACAAGAUGAUAGGCAACGAACGAUGAUGCAUACAGUUUGGAAUGAGGUCGGCGACUGGAUGGAAGAAGCCGUUGCUGAAGCGGCCCGUGUCGUACCCGCAAAGGAUCUCCGCCAA